GAUUGGACGCCGGUGCUGUCAGCCGCGCGCGGACCGGGGCGGGGCGGGCGGUGCCCUGGGCUGGGCGAGGGGCCGGGUGCGGGGCCGCGGGCCGAGAGACUGAGGCGGCGUCAUGUCCUCCGAGGUGUCCGCGCGCCGCGACGCCAAGAAGCUGGUGCGCUCCCCUAGCGGCCUGCGCAUGGUGCCCGAGCACCGCGCCUUCGGAAGCCCGUUCGGCCUGGAGGAGCCGCAGUGGGUCCCGGACAAGGAGUGUCGGAGAUGUAUGCAGUGUGACGCCAAGUUUGACUUUCUCACCAGAAAGCACCACUGCCGCCGCUGCGGGAAGUGCUUCUGCGACAGGUGCUGCAGCCAGAAGGUGCCGCUGCGGCGCAUGUGCUUUGUGGACCCCGUGCGGCAGUGCGCGGAGUGCGCCCUGGUGUCCCACAAGGAGGCGGAGUUCUACGACAAGCAGCUCAAAGUGCUGCUGAGCGGAGCCACCUUCCUCGUCACGUUUGGAAACUCAGAGAAACCCGAAACUAUGAUUUGUCGUCUUUCCAAUAACCAGAGAUACUUGUUUCUGGAUGGAGACAGCCACUAUGAAAUCGAAAUUGUGCACAUUUCCACCGUGCAGCUCCUCACGGAAGGCUUCCCUCCUGGAGAAAAAGACAUUCACGCUUACACCAGCCUCCUGGGGAGCCAGCCCGCCUCUGAAGGAGGCAACGCACGGGCCACAGGCAUGUUCCUGCAGUAUACAGUGCCGGGGACGGAGGGUGUGACCCAGCUGAAGCUGACAGCGGUGGAGGACGCGAAUGUGGGCAGGAGGCAGGCGGUGGCGUGGCUAGUGGCCAUGCACAAGGCUGCAAAGCUCCUCUACGAAUCUCGGGACCAGUAACUCUGCGUGGGUCUGAGCUCGGAGUACGUGUGGUCACCAGGACUGAGUCGCUUGGAACAGCAGAGCCUGCUCCUUGCGCACCACAGGGAUUAAUCCUGCUUGUGCUGGGAAAUGCAGCUCAUGUAUUUGGAGAAACAGAAGUGUUCACUUAUCUAGUGCAAUAUGUUCACAGUUUAUUAAUGCUUUAAACAGCUUCAUGUUUUAGAAUUUGUGUAUUGUCAAAACUUAAUUGGGGAUGGGAGAGACUGAGCUACACUACUGCUGAACUAUUUUUAGCAUAAUAUAUACUGUUUUUAUGAGUUCCCAGGUUUACUAGAAGGUUCUGGCCCAUCGAUACUCAUUUCAUUUAACUCUUCCACAGAACCAGUUUGGGUAGUAGGAACUCAGGCUUCUGAUCUGCAGUAGAGCCUGCUCACCUCUAAUAGCCAGUUUACAGCAUUGCCUUAGCCUGUUUUACAGACUGUCCACUUACCUUAUCACUAAUUCUGGGCUUUUGGGCUGUGAGUGAUCCUUUGAUACUUCACUAAGGGGAACGUGGGGGCUUUGUGUUUUGUACUUUUCACUCACUAUUUCACUUUAUUAAGAUGACUGUACAGCAAUUUGUAUAUAAAGCUUAUGAUUAAAACCUAUUUUGAACAUAUGGACAAGGCCUCGCCUUCCUGUGUCCAGAUCACCUGAACCCUCGUGCCGCAGCGCAGUCUGGCUCCAGAAACGAGACUCACAGCCGCCGGGGUGAGACGGGUUUAUUGUGCACAUUUACACAGCGUCAGCAGUGUCGGGUGGCAGUGGCCACGCUCCUGUGGCCGGGCUGCUCUACAAUGGCAUUCAGUUUUCUUCACCACACUAUGUACAGUCAAUGUUCCAAGGUGAUGGGCUGCAGUGCGGCAUCAGUGACUCUAUACACACAUUUAUACAUAAAUUACACACAAGACUCAUACAUGAAAAAUAGAGCCUAAGGGCCUGUAUUUUAA